CAAGAUUUUGUUCUUCCUCUCCAAGCGGGGGAUAAGAGCUUACACAAUGAGGCGGUCAAGCAAACAUGAUAGACGUUUCUGCUUACAUGAGCAAUAUAAUCUAAAGGAGGAUUACCAACCAAGCACUUGCGUUUGAAAGACAAAUUUGACAUUUAAAUAAAAUAUGAUUGUUCCCAAGGGAAAACAUUGACCUGAAUUAAUCCGAUCUGAUUCAGACGGUGCCCGGGUUGGAAGCCAGAAUUAAAAUAAAUAUUAGAGAAGAGAGAACAGUAGAGGAAAAAAAAAGCAUGAAUAACAUUCAAGGAAGUCUCACUGCAGAGCAACUGCAGUAUUUCAACUCAAAAGGAUAUUUGGUGAUUGAAGGGUUUGCAAACCCUGAAGAAUGCGGACAAAUGAUGCAGCGGAUGAGGGAAUUGUUGGAGGCGUUUGACCCGUCAGAUUCUUCGAUUUUUUCAUCCAAAAACCAGCAAGAACUAACGGCCAACCAUUUCUACGAGAGUGCAGAAAAAAUCUCAUUCUUCUUUGAAGAGAGGGCAUUUGACAACGAUGGCAAACUUAAGCAGCCCAAGGAGCUGUCAGUAAACAAAGUUGGUCAUGCUUUACAUGAGUUGGACCCAGUAUUUUCCAAGUUUUGCUGUUCAGCAAAACUUGCAAAUGCACUUGCAUCACUGUCUUACAAGAGGCCAACGAUCAUUCAAUCUAUGUAUAUCUUUAAGCAACCAGGAAUAGGAGGUGAGGUGGUACCUCAUCAAGAUAAUUCCUUUUUGUAUACAGAACCACCUUCAUGUACAGGCUUGUGGCUGGCAUUAGAGGAUGCUACCAUUGAAAAUGGUUGCAUAUGGGCGCUUCCAAAAUCUCAUAAAGAUGGUCUUGUGAGAAGGUUUUUGAGAGAUAGCAAUGGGGUCCACUUCGAUAAACCGUCUCCUACCUAUGACUACAAAGAUUUUGUGCCAAUCGAAGUAAAGGCAGGGAGUUUACUAGUGAUUCACGGUGACCUUGUGCACCAUAGUUUUGAAAACAAAUCACCCAAAUCAAGGCACGCACUUAGUCUUCAUGCUGUUGAUACUGAUGGUUGCACUUGGGCUGAAGACAACUGGCUACAAAGGAAGGUGGCUCCAUCACCUAUCUAUGUUGCAUAAGAAAAUAUCCAUGGGACUAUCAAAUUUGAUUGGAAUUCAUGGAUCCCCUACCUGUAUAUAUUCAUGAAUUUAAGGGUUUGAAGAAGUCAAUGCUACUUUAAAAUAUUCAAACAUUUCACUGUUAUUAGUAUUUUAGUAAGCAUAUAACAGAAACACCCACAGUGAAUACGACUAAACAAUACUUACAGUUUUAGCUUCAAUGAAUUAGAUUUGCUAUGUGGCUGAAUAAUUCAGAUGACUAUUUUGAUUGAUUGCUCUCUCUUUAUGCACCAAUUUGAAAUUUAAGAUGUUUGGAUAAGACUCAUAAGUUCAUUGAAUUCAGUCUUUGUUACAAAGGA